AGAAAGGAAAUCCACCAAAAUGCCACAUUUUAUUUCAGGGUUUUUAAUAAUGACAACCAAAUGUUGAUUACAAUACUCUAAUAUCUCCUCCAACCAGGAACCCAACUAGUAAGAUCUUCAGAUUUAAAUCCAAGCUAGAUCUUCCGAUUUAAGUCCAAGCAACUCACCCAAUUUAGAAGACAAGUAUGUCCUGGGUUCACACUCAAACCUCAAACCACCGGAUGCCUUCACAAAAUCAGGAAAUGCAAUCUUCUGUGCAUCAAGACCUAUAUAACAAAACUCAAUCAAAUUUGGACUAUCAACCUUCACACCUUUCAAGUUACGGUAUUUAGCAAUAGGGAGCCUCUUAAGUUGAGGAUUCAGAGGCUCCAGUCUUCCUAACUUGUCACAUUCAACCAUCCAGAGAUUCUCAAGCAAAGGAAAUUUGGAGAUUAGAUUAUAAAAGGUCCUCUCUGUGGCAAAAUAGCCACACAACACCAAGGCUUCCAAAUUGCAACAACAUUCUGCAACCUUAAUCCUGCAGGCGCUUUCUUUUUUUUUGAGCACCCAUGUAGAUAAAGUUUUUCAGAUUCGAUGUUGCAAUUUCUAUGAUACUCAUGCGGCCAAUCUUCUUGUCGGUGACCUGUAAAGGAAUCGUCACAGACACCGGCUUCGUCUGUGAGGUGCUCCUCACUUCGUUGCCAUGGUUCUUUACCCAGACAGCACGUUUGGGAGACCUGACAAGUCAUGGAAUGGGAUAAAAAUUAGUCCCAUCUUAGUGUAAUCUGCGUUUGGUAGUGCCAUGGGAUUGAAUAAAAUGUAUCUUACUGUCAAAACCUUAUAAGAUAAAAGCUAUCCCACCUCUCUCAUGCGAUUACGUGGGAUGAGAUAUAAUUUUUAUAAAAGAAGCUUGAAUGAAGUCAACAUGACAUGGUUUCUUCUUCUUUCUUCUUCUUCUUCUUUUGAAGGCUUUCUUGGAAUUGUUAGUUUGAUAUUCCUAUAAUCAAUUUGGCCUUAAAGUCACAUCAUUCUCUACCCUUGAUGCAUAACAAAUUAAAUGAUCUACUAUUGUCUAUUUUUCUGUCCCUAAAAAAAUGCACAUUCUUCA